CGCGCUGACCACCGCCACCGCCGCCGCGGCCGAGGCCGCCCGGGCUUUCCCGCCCGCUGCCUACGGUUGCAGUGGCUCCUCCCGGAGCCCAGGCGGCGGUGGUGCCCGGGCGGCCCCGCAGCCCGAUCGCGGCCGCCUCCUCCUCCUCCUCCUCCUCCUCCCCUCAAGAUGAACUCGCGGCUUCGGCACUGGAGGGAAGCGGCCACGCUGCUGCUGGCGGCGGGCGCGCCGGCGCGGCCGCCGCGCUCCCCGCUCGGCCCCUUUGACUAUGAGCUGCUGCUGCUGCAGCGGAGCUCCCGCAGCGGCUUCGCGCCCAGCGCCCACGUCUUCCCGGGGGGCCUGGUGGAGGCGGCGGAUUUCUCCGCUGACUGGCUGGGGCUGCUGCCCCCCUCGCCUCAGUGCGGGCUGGGCCUCGUGCGGCCGCCGCCCCCGGGCAGCUGCCGGGCCCCGCUCUUCGCCACCGACCGGGAGCAGCUGGGCUCGCCGCUGCCGGGCGAAGUCGCCUUCCGCAUCUGCGCCAUCAGGGAAACUUUCGAGGAGGCGGGCGUCCUGCUGCUGGUGCCGGGGCGCGGGCCGGCGGCGGGCAGCGGGCCGGCCCCCCCGCUGCCAGCGGCGCGCUUGCCCCCCGCCGCGGAGCUGAGCGAGUGGCGGCGCCGGGUGCAGGAGGACCCGGCCUGCUUCUUGCAGCUGUGCCGGCACCUGGGCUGCGUCCCCAAUAUCUGGGCGCUGCACGAGUGGAGCAACUGGCUGACGCCUGUCGGCAGGGCUGGUCGCGGCGCCCGGCGCUACGACACGGCUUUCUACCUGUGCUGCCUGGAGCGGCGGCCGCCCCUCACCUCGCAGGACGACCGAGAGGUGACAGCCUUCCUGUGGUCAUCACCUCCAGAAGCCAUUGAACGCUUUAAAUCUCAAGAAAUAUGGUUUCCUCCACCUCAGUUCUAUGAACUGUGUAGGCUGUGCAACUUCUCUUCAUUCCAUGAGUUACACAAGUUCAGCUCUGAUCGAGCUCUGGAGGGAUGUGAACGUUGGAUGCCUGUGAUGUUAACUGCUUCAGAUGGCUACAUUGAGCUAUUGCCAGGAGAUGAGUUAUAUCCAGAAGAUCCAGAUUAUACAGGAGAAAAGAAAAUAAUCAUGUCAACGGAUAAGAAGGUUGAAGAUGUUAUGAAAGAGGGUAGUGUAUUUCACAGGAUAGUAAUAAAAAACAUCAACAAUCUUGCUGUCUAUGUUAAUAUUCAAGCAAAAUAUAAACAUAUUAAUCCAUUGAUGAUAAACUCGGAUUGUUCAGAUUACAAUAGCAGGUUAUAGUAUCCGUUUGAAUUAAAGCUACAAUAUUUUUAGUUACAUACAUAUUCACUGUGGUUUUGGUCCUUUCUAACUAUUGCCAAAUAGACAGGAAAAUAUUCCUUUGUCCUGCCAAAGCAUUUUGCGUGUGUGUGUUUUUCCAGAUUCUGUGUACCUAAUUCUUUGAGUCUUUGCAACAGCACAGUUGUGCCAGUUACAAUGUUUAGAGGCUACUGAAAAUUGAACAUAACCAUCAACUUAAUUAUUGAUUAACUUAAAUGCAAUUUGAUGGUAAUUAUACUGAGCCAUUACCACCUUAUUCUACUUACAUACUAAUUCCAGAAUAUGCUGCAACACUGGUCUGUUGGGUCACACAGGUCCUUUUCUCACUGAAAAUUUAAGUAUACAUAAUGUUCAGAACAAGUAUGUUUUGAGUUGACCAAUUCUUUUACCAUGCUUCCCAAAGUUAUCCAUUAGACAACUGUAAUGUGUGUCUAGGAAUGAAUGAAAUCUCCCAUUCCAUAUCUGCUGACAUCUCCCAGUCUAUUCUCUCUUUCAUUUUUGGGAAAACCAGUAUAUGUGUAUAUAUGUAUUUAUUAGCUAAAAUUAACUUUAAAAAAUUAUUAUAAAGUUAUUGUUUAUAUUCAAUAUACCUAAAUUCUUUCUACUAACGGUAAUCUAUUCAAAACUUUACAAUUUUCAAAUGUAGAGAUAAUUUAGACAAACUAAGUAAUCUCUCAGAUUGAGUGCAUUCUCCACUUUCUUUUUAUUCAUGAUAAUUUUUAUCUUCAAGUUGUUAGCAAUUUAAAAAAUAGAAAAAUAAAUUGUUUGGCUCCAAAAAGAUACCAACAACUUCAGGGAAUCAUGUACUACCUGGAAAAUACCCACUUCCAUAUUUCAACAUCCCACAUUCUGCUUCUCAACUACUUUACUAAAUAUAUCUGAGAUUUAAGAACUUGAGAGGAAGGAUUGCUACUUGCUUUUUUUGUUUUGGAUUUUUGGUUGGGUUUGUCUUUUUUGUGCAAAAAGUGGAAUAAAUGGUUCAGUGAUGUAAAUUCUUCUUUAUCUGGAAGAAGAAUGAAUGAUGACAUGAGACUAGCCAGUAAAGUUGUUCAGAAAGCUUUGUUUCAGCUUUUGUUCUGCAUUUCAAUUAAAAUCUUCUGGAGUAUUUUCAUUAAAUUGAAAUUAAAUU